AUUUAUGAAGUCCUAUUUUACAAGUGAUACAUAUCUGGCAAGCAAAUCACACUUUAUACCAAAACGACGGUAUUUGAAACCCAAAAUGAAAUCGAAAUGAGUUGGACAUGGAGAGCACAAACCAUAACCGAAACUCGAGUUCCAAAUUACACGUCCUCACAUUUCAUAACGACUUUCUCAUCAUUCAAUAGACCUCAUUCUUCUUGCCUCGUUCCAACGGUUUUCUCUCUCCAUUUUCCAUUUCUCAAAUCUGCAUUCACAACUUCAAUUGCAACCAGUUGCAGAAGCAACAAUGUCGCUAUCGGAUUCUGAAACUUCCAAUGGCGGUGGUGCAUCGGAGUAUAAGCCUUUUCGGCAUAUCAGCCGCGAUAGAUUAUUAUAUGAAAUGCUUACAUCAGCAAAGUCAGGGGAUUCAAAAGCAUGGAAGGUGCUAAUUAUGGAUAAAGUUACUGUGAAAGUUAUGUCACACUCAUGUAAAAUGGCAGAUAUUACAGACCAGGAAGUUUCUUUGGUGGAAGACCUUUUCCGGAGAAGGCAACCAUUGCCAUCAUUGGAUGCUGUUUAUUUCAUUCAGCCUUCGAAAGAAAAUGUGGUCAUGUUCUUGUCUGAUAUGUCUGGAAGGGAGCCCCUGUAUAAGAAAGCCUUUAUAUUUUUCAGUUCACCGAUCCCGAAGGAACUUGUAAACCACAUCAAGUGUGAUACAAGUGUCUUACCUCGCAUAGGUGCAUUGAGAGAGAUGAAUUUGGAAUACUUUCCAAUAGAUAGCCAGGGGUUUAUCACUGAUCAAGAAACGGCAUUGCAAGAACUUUACGGAAAUAUUGACAAUACUCGAAGAUUUAAUGCCUGCUUGAAUAAUAUGGCGAUUCGGAUAGCUACAGUUUUUGCUUCAUUAAAGGAGUUACCGAAUGUGUGGUAUCGUGCGGCUAAGGAUAGUGAUGAGUCUACACCAACACCAAAUCAUGAAUUAGUUCCUACCAAGCUUGCUGAUGCAGUUUGGGACAUGGUUUCUAAAUAUAAAUCUACUAUUCCCAACUUUCCACAAAGUGAAACAUGCGACCUGCUAAUUGUAGAUAGAUCCAUUGAUCAGAUUGCUCCCGUCAUUCAUGAAUGGACCUAUGAUGCUAUGUGUCAUGAUUUGUUGAAUAUGGAUGGAAACAAAUAUAUACAUGAGAUUCCCAGCAAAACAGGGGGUCAACCUGAGAGUAAGGAGGUUCUUCUAGAAGAACAUGAUACAGUCUGGCUUGAACUUCGCCAUACACAUAUAGCAGAUGCUAGUGAGAGAUUGCAUGAAAAGUUUACCAACUUUGUAUCAAAAAACAAAGCAGCACAAAUCCAACAAAGUGGAAGAGAUGGUAGUGAAUUAUCUACACGAGAUUUGCAAAAAAUGGUUCAAGCUUUGCCCCAAUACACUGAGCAAGUGGAAAAGAUUUCACUCCAUGUAGAGAUAGCUGGAAAGAUCAACAAAAUUAUCAGAGAUACAGAUCUUCGAGAGCUUGGACAAUUGGAGCAAGAUCUUGUUUUUGGGGAUGCUGCAGCCAAGGAUGUUAUUAGUUUUUUAAGAACAAAACAGAAUACGACUCCUGAGUAUAAGUUGCGGUUGUUGAUGAUCUAUGCAUCUGUCUACCCUGAAAAGUUUGAGGGUGAUAAAGCUACAAAGCUAAUGCAGUUGGCCAAACUAUCACCCGAUGACAUGAAAGUUAUCAGUAAUAUGCAACUGUUGGCGGGAUCGUCAAAAAAGAAGGCAGUUAGUAGUGGUUUCUCACUGAAGUUCAGUAACCAGAAGACAACACAAGCAGCUCGCAAAGAUCGUACUAACGACGAGGAAGAAACAUGGUCACUAUUUCGAUUUUAUCCCGUUAUAGAGGAGGUCAUUGAAAAUCUUAGUAAGGGUGAAUUGCCAAAGAGUGACUAUGCAUGUAAAAACGAACCAACAAUUCCUGUUGUCAAAAACUCUACUCGAACCAACACACGCACUCAGACAGCUCCCGCUCCGACCACCGCUCCUCAUUCAAUGAGAUCUAGGCGGACAGCAAACUGGGCACGGAGUCGUACUUCUGACGAUGGAUAUUCAAGUGACUCCACGUUAAAGAACAUGUCUUCUGAUUUCAAGAAGAUGGGAAAGCGAAUUUUUGUAUUUAUUAUUGGCGGAGCUACUCGAUCUGAGCUACGUGUUUGUCACAAACUAACAACAAAACUAAGAAGAGAAGUAAUCUUAGGCACUACUUCCAUGGACGAUCCUCCACAACAUCUUACGGUAAUAACUCAUCUAUCAUUUUUGGCAAUUUCCUCCAAAGGGGUAGUGGAGAGCUCUCGUAAUGUAGAUUUUUAUCUGAGCAAUGUUCUGAUUAUAUUAAUUGAUCAUCUUUUAAGCAGUUUUAUCACUUUAUGCAAUUUAAAAUUUAUUUCUUCUUCAAUUAAUGAAGUGAAAGGUAUUUUUAUGAAUUAAACCCAUCUUGUAUGACUGCCUUUGACAUUGCCAGGAAAAUUUUCGGAUCUAGUUAACAUGAUUAAUUACUUACCUUCAUUUGAAUCACAUUCAUGAUUUUGCAGAUACAUUUUAUACUCUCGCAUUCUAUAGUCAGUGGCUUCUAUGCCAUCUUUUGAUUAUUCAACAUCAUGUUAAUUAUUCACAAGCUAUUUGCAUCCUUUAAUUAAUUUAAUUAUGUACAAUAAAAAAUGAGUGAGGAUUUAUUAAGUAAUAACAUCUUACACGGCAGAAAAAUGUUGUUACUUUUCGGCAAUUUCCUCCAAAAGGGUAUUAACAUCUUACAUCAUGUUAAUUAAGUAAUUGCAGAAAAGUGAUUGUUUAUUCCCUUAUGAUGAAACUGAUUACAUAAGGAGUAUAAAUAGUACAAGUAAUUUAAU